AGGCCACAUUCCACACCCCUUUCAGUUUACUUGGUCAAUCACCAGAAGGAUGCUCAUCAUAUUUAUUUCCAAAAAUUAUGGGACCAUCAAAAGCAAAUGAAAUGUUGCUGUUUAAUAAAAAAUUAACAGCAUCAGAAGCAAAAGCUUGUGGGUUAGUCAGUGAGGUAUUUCCUGAUGCAACAUUUCAGUGUGAUGUUUCUCUUCGACUGAAAGGCCUUGAAGACAUGUCUUUUAAUUCAAUGAUAUAUGCCAAGAAGCUAACCCGUGACCUGGAAAGAGAUCUUCUUCAUGAGGUGAAUAAGAACGAAUGUGAGAGACUGGUAGAACGAUGGCAGUCUGAAGAUUGUAUGAAAGCAAUUAUGGCUUUCUUUCAAAGAAAAGCAAAGCUGUAAUAAUUUUCUUUUUGAAGAUCAUUAAAUAUUUUUUUGGCAAAUUUC